AAAAUCGGGGAGGGGGGAAGAAUUGAGGGGAGAUCUUGUGCUCUCCACACGAUUAUUACAGCGCUCGCUCUCUUGGAGGAUUUCGGCGCUCUUCUAUUUCUCUCGAUUUUUGUUUAAGAGCUCAAUAUAUUUUGGAUCAAAUGGAUUCCGAUAUGAGAAGCUUUUUCACCGAGUCACUGUCAUUCUGUUCUGAGGAUUCAUAUGCUACUCAAGACAUUGAAAGAUGCCCAUUUUUGAGAAACAUCAAUGAGCCAACAAACUUUUCCUUCUCUUCUUUCAAUUUUGCUGUACCUGCACGUGGAGGCAAGGGUCCAAUCUUUGAAGAUGGACCGGAUUUUGAUAUGGCAUUCAGGCUUUUCCAUGGGCGAGAUGGAGUUGUCCCACUGUCAGGAAGGUCCUUUGUGCACAAAGAGUCUACACCAAAACCUGAGCAAGUUUCUCAAUUUAAUCCUUUGGCGGCAAAGGCAGCCACUAUUAGUCUCUCGUCUUUCGGUGGCGGGCUUUUCGGUUUUGAUUUCUUCUCUAACAAAUUCAACAAGUCCAAGCAAAACAAGAAAUCCUCCAAACAAGAGCCUUCAACUCAGAAGGGAAGCAAUUCAUCGCACGAGGCAAUGAGCAACGAAUGGCUUCAAACAGGGCAAUGCCCAAUAGCUAAGUCCUAUAGGGCAGUGAGCGGUGUUCUACCCCUAGUUGCAAAGGCUUUACAGCCUCCUCCGGGCAUGAAGUUCAAAUGCCCACCUGCAGUGGUCGCAGCGCGUGCAGCCCUUGCACGUACUGCUCUCGUAAAGAACCUCCGGCCCCAACCUUUACCCGCAAAAAUGCUGGCCAUAGCAUUACUAGGAAUGGCAGCUAAUGUCCCUCUUGGUAUAUGGAGAGAGCACACACAGAAAUUCUCCCCUCAGUGGUUUGCUGCUGUUCAUGCUGCAGUUCCUUUCAUAGCUAUGCUUCGUAAGUCUGUACUUAUGCCAAAGACUGCAAUGGCUUUUACAUUAGCAGCGUCAAUUCUAGGGCAGGCAAUUGGGUCUAGAGCUGAGAGGAUGAGGAUGAAGAAAUUAGCAGCAGAGCGAAGCUCAGCUGCUCUCGUUUGCGAGGCUGUUAUAAGUAAUACAAAUACCGGGCAUUGCAGCGAGGAAAAGGCUUGGGUUCCUCUUCCGUUCAAGGGGAAUGAUGCAGGGAUUUCUGCUGAAGCGCCUGCUCCGAAGGCAAGUGUAUGUUUCUGACUGUAACUGGAAUUCAAUAAAUGUUGUUUUAUCAUACUGUUGAAAGACUUGUUGUGUGUGCAUGAGCAAAUGAGCACUGUUUUCUGCCUUUUUGAUUCCUGGGGAGGUGGUAGUGAAUAAAUUGGAUCUAUGAUUUUAAUGUAUGUUAUGUUAAGAAUC